AUUAUGCUAACAACCAUAGCUAAGUGCUUAGGAAUUUGAGCCCUGCGCCACGCCAGGAGCUAAAUUGAGACUUUUGGACAUACAGUUUUCAAACGGCAGGGAAUGAUAGCCUCAUGAGCAGCUUCUUGUCCGCCACAGAAAAAGCAGAAAUCCCCCAGAGGUUCUCCACCUUCCCAGCAUCCCUCAGUCUUUAGUCCCCCUGCCCUAAACACCCUCAUCUCCUCCCCAGACACCAAAGCCAAGGUCAAGAAGAAAGUGCAGCCUUCCUCUGUCCAUAGGCUAUUCCCUGGAUGCCGGCACCUCAGUGUGGCUGAGCCGCAUAUGCUUCAGGAAUGUUCCCUCCUCCUUUAUUGUGACCGUCAGUCUCAAGCAGGUUUGGAAAGUGAGGACAACCAAAAAAGGACAGUUGGACAUCCCCAAACUGAUGUCGACCCACAGACCCCAGUAUUGCGCAUCAGCCAGCUGGAUGCCCUCGAGCUAGACUCAGCCCUUGAGCAGCUGGUGUGGACCCAGUUCUCCCAGUGCUUCCAGAACUGCCGUCCAGGCCUACUCACCCCAUUGGAGCCUGAACUGAGGGCUCUGCUCCAUUUGCUCCUGUGGAGGUUCACACUUUAUUCUAACAGUGCCACUGUGGGCCAGUCUUUACUCAGCCUGCGCUACCACAACAUCCUUUCUUCAUCUCCCCGUUACAGAGCUCUGUCUCGCAGGCAGAAGCUGGGUCUGGCCCUGCUCACUGCAGGUCCACGCUGGCUCCAGGAGCGCUCCCACAGCCUGCUGCUGUGGUUGGGUUCAGGAGGGCCUGUGUUUGAAAGAGACGGUGGUUUACUCCAGCAGGGUCUCCGCAACUGCCUGACCCUUGUUUCUAGUAUCACACAGCUCGCCAGUCUCAUCAACUUUCUUGUGUUCCUAAGAAAAGGUCGCCAUCCUGUCCUGGCUGAAAGGAUUGUGGGAGCUCGUGCGGCUUUCAGCAAGCCCAACGUGGUCCGGGAUGUAACCUACCAGUACAUGAACCGCGAGCUGCUGUGGCAUGGCUUUGCAGAGUUCCUCAUCUUCUUGUUACCGCUGAUCAAUACAAGGAAACUGAAGGCAACUAUGCUUUCGAUUGUUUUGGGUGGUGAAAUUGCCGAUGGGGAGAGAGCGACGGGAGGGCAAGGAGUGUGGAAGGAGUGCGGACUGUGCGGAGAGUGGCCGACCAUGCCUCAUACAGUGGGCUGCCAACAUGUUUUCUGUUACUAUUGUAUCAAAAGCCACAGCAUUGCAGACCCUUAUCUCACCUGCCCAAAAUGUGGCAUAGAGGCAGGGCAGCCUGAGCCGGUCAAGAUGGAGGUAGAGCUGAUUGGCAGGUGAUGAUGUGAAGAAGCUGUCAUGACUAAAUUUAUUUUGUAAUUACAGGGACUCAUUGAAUCUAAAUUGAUCAUAUAAAAUAUCUUUAUAGCUGCACAAAUGGAACACACACAUGCAGUGAAAAGACUCAUGACUAACCACCUUGUAUAAUUAUUUAAAUGUGUUAAAAGUUUUAUGCAAUUUUAUGAAAAUGUACAGAAUAAUUAAACUUAAUCAUAUAAAAAUGAUUUGUAAAGGCAUAAUUAUAUUAAAACACAAAAAAGGGUUUUUAACAGUCUCUGUUCUGUUUUCCUUUUUGAAAGAUUCACUAAGUAGUCGUGUGAGUUUAUGACUUGACUUCAGUCUUCAUGAUGCCUGUGUCUUUUCUGAGCACACACAGACCUGCUAUGUUUAAUAUAUGUGUGCAUAUAUUGACAAUGCACUGCCCCUUCCGUUUCUCCAGCUGGACUUUGGACAGAACUAUUUGUCUUUGGUGCACUGGACAGACUACAGAGAACCACACAGCAUAUAUUUGAUGAGCGAACGUGUUGAUUUAUGCUCCAAAUUGGCUGUGUGUUAGCACGUGUAUGUGUGCGCAUGUAUGUGCGUGUGUGUGUUUGUUGAAAUGGGAAUAUUUGUUCUGAUGAAAAAUGCAGAAAGUCAGCUGAAUAAAUAAUGGGAGGAAUUUCUGAUGCCUCUCAUCA